AAAAAAAAACACCGAUCGAACUUGGCGCUCCUUUUUUCUCUGUCCCUCUCUCCUCUUUCCUCUCUCUCUCCCCAUUCAUUCUUUCCGUUCCUGGAAAGAGAAAGAGAAAAGGAAAAAUUCAAAAACAUCCACCAAUCAAUCGCCUUGGCAGUGUUCCAAAAGUUGAUUUGUUUCCGCUUUUUUCCGAUUCAUAUCAGUUUAAAUUCGUCCGCCAUGUUGCGCAGACGAACCUUGCUCAAGGUCAUCGUUCUCGGCGACAGUGGGGUUGGCAAGACCUCGUUGAUGAACCAAUAUGUGCACAAGAAGUUUAGUCAGCAGUAUAAAGCUACAAUCGGUGCCGAUUUUGUCACAAAAGAACUCCAAAUCGAUGACAGGCUCGUCACUCUACAAAUUUGGGACACAGCCGGGCAGGAAAGAUUUCAGAGUCUUGGAGUUUCAUUUUACAGAGGUGCAGAUUGCUGUGUUCUUGUUUAUGAUGUCAACGUAAUGAAGUCCUUUGAUACUCUAGAUAAUUGGCAUGAGGAGUUUCUAAAGCAGGCAAACCCUCCCGAUCCCAAGACAUUUCCAUUUAUAUUGCUUGGUAACAAGAUUGAUAUUGAUGGGGGUAACAGUCGUGUGGUGUCUGAGAAGAAAGCAAAGGACUGGUGUGCAUCAAAGGGGAAUAUACCUUACUUUGAGACAUCAGCAAAAGAAGAUUACAACGUUGAUGGUGCAUUUCUUUGUAUUGCAAAGACUGCUCUUGCAAAUGAACAUGAGCAGGACAUAUAUUUCCAGGGCAUCCCUGAUGCUGUUUCAGAGUCUGAUCAAAGAGGAGGAGGUGGCUGUGCAUGCUGAAUUUAUUAGUGCAAUUCAUCUGGCUUGCCCAGUUUUCAUUGUUUUGUUGUCCCGAUUCAUACUUUCAUAGCCAUUGUUUGUACACGUUGUAUACUAAGUUGUGUUGUCUAGCGAUGCUCGACUUUUGCCAUUUUGAGGAAAGUAGUCCCUGUUUUUGUCGGAGGAACGCCAAGGAAAGUAGUCACUGUGAGUUUUGCUUUGACCUUGAAAACGAAAUCGAUGCUUGUAGUUUUGACUUGUGAGAGAAUCAACUUCAUGGAAUUUUGAAAGUUAAUAUAUGGGGUAGAGUUACUUAUGUGAUCUUAA